ACUCAGGAGCUGCGCGCCGUCAGGUUAUCAGGAAGGCUCACGCUGCGGACGCCGGGGGGGGAAGUGAGAGAGCACCGGGAACCGGGGAUUUGACCUUUUUCUUUUUCCGCAUAUACACUCGGGGUUUGUGAGGGCGAGCGGAGGAGCCAUGGCGGUGUUCUCUGCGCUUUGGGUGCUCUUACUGUGCCAGCUUUUGACGUCAUCCUCUGCCCAGAGGCCGGGCCCCAGAGGAGCUCUUGGGCCCCAAGGACCCGCGGGGCCACUGGGAAGGGAUGGCACUGAUGGCAAACCUGGACCUGCUGGACUGCCAGGGAAAACAGGUCCCAAAGGGAAAGACGGAACACCAGGAGCGGCAGGAAAACCAGGCCUGCCCGGACUUCCCGGGGUGGACGGUUUGACGGGUCCCGAUGGUUCUGCUGGGAAGGACGGACCCUCCGGGGAAGCAGGUGACCCUGGACCUGCUGGGCCACCUGGAUCUCCUGGCAGAGGGAGAACAGGAGCUGCAGGACUUCCUGGAACCAACGGGUUCCCGGGCGGAGUCGGACCGCAAGGCUCAGCGGGUGCUGAAGGUCCUCCAGGACUUCCCGGACCUUCUGGCUCUGACGGACCCCCGGGCCUUCCGGGUACCCUUCAGGAUCUUAGCGGUGACCUUCUGUGUCCCGCUAUCUGCCCCUCUGGUCCCUCGGGUCCUUCUGGGAUGCCGGGAUUCAAGGGUCACACGGGGCAUAAAGGAGACAAGGGAGAGCUCGGGAAAAAUGGAGAGAAGGGUGACGCUGGUCCAUCCGGCCCACCAGGUAUUCCUGGGACUGUGGGUCUGCAGGGCCCACGUGGUCUCAGAGGUCUACAAGGCACAAUGGGAUCUGUAGGAAGCAGAGGCCUGCCUGGUUACAGAGGCAAACCUGGCAUCGCCGGCAUCAUUGGAAAGACAGGCGACGUGGGAGUAAGGGGACCGCAGGGAUUCAGAGGACCCAAGGGAGAAAUUGGUAACAUUGGCCCCAAAGGAGGUCCUGGAGGAUCUGGACCCAAAGGGGAGCCCGGUAUUCCUGGCAGAGAUGGCAAAGAUGGGACACCAGGAUUAGAUGGCGAGAAGGGUGAUGCCGGACGCCACGGGGGAGUUGGAGAGAAAGGACCAAACGGACUUCCUGGUCUACAAGGAAAGGGUGGUUCCAAGGGGUCUAAGGGAGAAAUUGGUGAUGCAGGAAAGGAUGGGGAGACGGGACCCUCGGGAGAGCCAGGUAUUCCUGGUGAUAUCGGCGUCCCAGGAGACAGGGGGAUAGCCGGACCCAGAGGAGUGGCUGGAGGCAUCGGGCCGACGGGCAACCCAGGACCACAGGGAGGGAGAGGCUUCCAGGGGGUAAACGGAGCCUUGGGGGAUCCAGGUCUUCCAGGCCCAACGGGUAUCCGUGGGGAGUUUGGCGAAAGGGGUCCAGUCGGAGCCUUUGGAGCUAAAGGAGACAUGGGUGUGGCAGGAAGUGAUGGCCUACCAGGAGAGAACGGAGAACCUGGUCCUUUUGGCCCGGUUGGACAAAAAGGAGGGUCAGGAAAGCGGGGUGAACUUGGACCGAAGGGCGUGACGGGUCCACAAGGAGAGUUUGGGGCAAGAGGGCGUCCGGGAAAAACAGGAAUAAUGGGCUUCCAAGGGGAGCAGGGUCUGCCUGGAAUUGCAGGAAAGACCGGUGUACCUGGUAAACUGACGAGUGAGCAGCACAUCAGAGAGAUGUGUGGCGCGAUGAUCGACGACCAGAUUGCGCAGCUGGCGGCUAACCUUCGAAGACCCCUGGCCCCUGGAAUGGUUGGUCGCCCCGGCCCUGCGGGGACUCCAGGAAAGACUGGAGUUGUUGGCUCCAUCGGGCAUCCAGGUAUCCGUGGACCACCGGGGUACACAGGCCUGCCGGGAGAACUCGGAGACCCAGGACCCAGAGGUAAUGUUGGCGAGCAAGGUGAUAAGGGAUCCUUUGGCAAAGCUGUUGAUGGGCCCACUGGAGACCAAGGAUACCAAGGUCUUCCAGGUGUACCCGGAAUUGUCAAAGAGGGGCGUGAUGGAUCUCCAGGAGAUCCGGGUGAGCCUGGAGAGUCAGGCAGGGUAGGUAGGACUGGGCACCAGGGACCUCCUGGAAUCUGUGACACAACAGCCUGCCAGGGAGCAUCGGCCGCUGGAAAAUCCUCCAACCCCAAAAACCAUUAAACGUGACUUCCUGCAACCUGAUGCCAUCCACCCAAAAAAAAAAAAGGGAGCGAGGGGUGAUAAGUGAGGGAAGGAAGGAAGGAAGAGCGAUCACAAAAAAAAAAGUCCUCUUUUAUUUAAAUACAUGUAUCACAAGAGGUGAAGAGUAACAUCAAACGGGUGAUAUUUUGAGAGGGAUCGAGGGAACAUCCCAGGAGUGACGUGAAUACCAGAGCAACUGAGAGACAAAAAAAACAUCAAGAUGACAUCCAGAAAUGAAUUGGACAGGAGGCACAGAAGAGUCCAAGAGAUCAACUACAUUGCUCCAUAUACUACAGUAUCACAUAACAAGACUUGACCUACAAACAACUGGAACAUUAAUGAGUCCUUUUGGUGUAUAAAAACUUUGUACAUGUUGUUUCCAUGCCCCCAAUUACCUUGGUUACCAUCCUUCUGGCAGAUGACGCUCUAAAAACAACGUCUCUGAAGUGAAUGCGCAUGUAUCGUGGCCCAUUAAUGUAAAUCACAGGUGUUACCUCAACAUACAAGCUAACAGUGUAAGAUAUGGAAAUAGGCGACAGAGCUAAAAAAAAAGCUUCCGUCGAGGAGCUGUGUAUGUAUUGUAAAAGGAAUAAAAAACGAAUAACAAGGUGCCCAGAAAUUGUGUAGAUUAAUGAAAAAAACUUUUCAUAGUCUUUUUUUUUUACCCCCUUUUUUCUUUUCUUUUUUUUUUUUACAGCUUCUUUGUUUUUCAAUGUGAAGUUGAUUCUCUAGGUUUGAGAAUGAAAAACAAAAUAAAACAUGUGGAUGCAUAAAUCAGACAUUGUAAAAUAAAUUAAAUAAUCUUGUUUAUAAAUACAAUGACCACAUCCACUAUGUACUACCGGGGCUGUAACUAUUAAAUAUACAUGACCUUAAAUACUAUUUAUUAUUUG